CGAAGAGGGCAAGAGACAAAACCUGUCGCCGAACCGCCACGUGCCGGUCGUCCUUCCCGAUGGCGGUCCAAAUUUGGAUUUUGCCGCGCGGCUGACCGAAUCCGAACCACAGCUUCCGAAGGUACCGUACCUGUGAGGACCCGAGCCAGGGGUUGCUCGGUUCAUACCCCCCGGGGGUCCGCGACUCGCAAUUAAUGUCCCCCGGGCUGCGCGAGGCGGAGGAAGAGGGAAGGAUCGAUUUUGAGCGUUUCGCUUUAAAGAGCGAGGCUGAAUCCUUGUUUUUGCGAGAAGAUGUUCGCGUCCUUUGUGGUUUCUUCCCCGAUAUAGCUUCCGGGACCCGAGGAGGAGGCGCUGCUGGUGUCGAUGCGGUGAUGUGUACGUCUCCUCACGGGCACGUUGACAGAGACGUGGGAGAGAUGGGAAGGGAGGAGGAGAAGAAGAAGGGGUCAAAGGUCGAGUUUUCCUGAAGGGUUUUACUCAUUUGCUGCCACACACCUCUCUCUCUCUCUCUCUCUCUUUCUCUCUGUCUCGCUCUCGUGGAUAAAUCAAUAUUUGGCGGUGAUCUGGAAUCACGCAAUACGUAGAUCGAGUCUUUGACUGGGGAAAGACGGCAGUGAAAUGUGUGGCGAAGUUCUGUUCUUUACGCGAGGAGCUUUUGGAGAGAAACCCGCGGCUUUGGAGGCGUAGUCUCAGCGUUUUGCGGUUUGGGUUUGAUUCCACAGAGAGGAGAGCUGGAAAUACUGUGAAGGUCGUCCGCUUUAGAACUCUGUUCUUUGCGAGCUAGAUUGGGGAUUUGCUGAUGUCAGCGACGGACAAAGUAGAGUCUGUGACGGCAUCUUCGUCGUCUGUGGAGUUGGAUCCACUCCUGAAGGAUCUGACGGAGAAGAAGUUGAGCUUUAAGAAGAACGUGGUUUCAUUGGCGGCAGAGCUGAAGGAUGUCCGGCGCCGGUUGGCUUUGCAGGAACAGUCAUUCACAAAAGAAACCCACACGAGAAAGGUAGCGGAAAUGAAGGCAAAGAGCAUGGAGGAAGAAAUAGGCCAGUUACAAAUAUGUCUACAAGAUAAGGAUGAAAAGCUGAAAUCAUCUGUGUCUACUAGCCAUCAGUACGUGAAGGAGUUGGAUGAUUUAAGAUCUCAACUAUCAAUUACUCGCGUGACUGCAGAUGCCAGUGCUGCAUCAGCUCAAUCAGCUCAAUCCCAAUGUUUGGACUUGUUAAGAUUACUAGAUGAGAAAAAUAAUUUACUAGAGAAACAGGAAAUGAGAGUAAAUAAACUAGGGGAGCAAAUAGACCUUCUGCAGAAGGAUCUCCAAUCAAGAGAGCUCUCGCAAAGGCAGCUAAAGGAUGAAGUCUUCCGAAUAGAGAAAGAGAUAAUGGAUGCUGUUGAAAUAGCUGCAGUGAAAAAGGAUUGUGAGCUUAGGAAGAUAUUGGCAGAAGUUUCACCGAAGAACUUUGAGAAUAUCAAUAAACAUCUGACUGCAAAGGAUGAAGAGAUUGCCGGGUUGAGGGAUGAGAUCAGGAUCUUGUCUGCAGACUGGAAACAACAAACCGAAAAACUGGAAGCGCAGCUAGAGAAAUAUCAUAGAGCUGAGCAGGAGCUCAAAAAGAGGAUAGUGAAACUUGAAUUCUGUCUUCAAGAAGCACGGUCCCAAAUACGGAAACUUCAGAGGAUGGGAGAGAAAAGAGACAAGGCAAUAAAGGAACUAAGAGAUGAAUUGGCUACAAAGCGACAAAACUGUGCCGGUUGCAGCGACAAACAAAACUUUUGGGAGAGUUCAGGAUUCAAGAUUGUUGCUUCCAUGUCGAUGUUGUUCCUAGUUGUUUUUGCGAAGCGGUAGAAGUGUAGAGCCUUUAGUUGCUGUGUAAAGAAUGUUGGUUUUGGUUCUUAGCAAUAGAACUUUGUUGUAAGAAACAAUCUAUAUAUAAGGAACAUGAAAACUCAUGGGCUUAGGAUCACCAUUUUGAGGAGAGUUGUGCAGCUGAGCAUAGUGGUGGAAUGAGUGCGCAAUGAACUGAUCUGAUUGACCAAGGACAGUUGGCCUCAGUCAUUGUGCAAUUUUGUAGCUUAAAAGUUUCAGUAUAAUUCAAAAGGGUAUCUGAUUAUGAUUCA